UGCAACAUCGCCAACAGCGUACCCAAGACAAUUUGCUAUAUAGGUCCACUUGACAGUCUCUGUUCUCUGACGCCGCUCUUGUAGAGGCAGAACGCAUCACACCCGAUCUGUUCAGCUUUAAUACUUUUGAAGCAUGGAUUUGAUAGUCAAAGUGUAGAAUAUUGUGUUAUUGCAGAGGACGGAAUUAAAUAAAUCUCAUUAUUACUAACUCCAUGCACUACUCAACGGGUUAUAAUGCUCUGUUAUAAUUGGUUAUAAUGCUGAAUAGAGGGUUACAACGUUGAGAGAGUUGUGUCCUCCUCUGGUUCCUGGAUCCAGCUACAGGAGUCCGUCUGCCAGUAAGAUGAGGUUGCUACAACACUGACCGACAACACGUCUCACACACUGGAUCACAGUAACCUGGAUGCAACACACUCUCGCAGACCAAGAUGUGUGAAUCUGCCCUGUCUCGGUGGCUGAUGCUGUGUCUGCAGCUAGUGGUGAUGGUGGUUUUCAGGACACAAGGUGAGGUCAUCGCCCCCUCCAGCAUGACCGCUGUCGCGGGCCUCCCCUUCACGCUGGGCUGUAACGUCACCAUAGCAACUGGCGACACGGUCAAGCAGGUCCGCUGGCUGAACAAACACAAGCAGGUUCUCCUGGCGUACGAGCCAGGCGAGUCGGUCAGAACCACCUCCCGCCAAGACGACGUGGAGCUAACUUCCUCGCACCGCAACGUCAGCGCCAUCACCAUCAAGAGGGUGGGGCCUAACGACGAGGGCUGCUACCGCUGCAUCUUUGACAUCUACCCCAGCGGAGCACAGGAGGGAAUGACCUGCCUCAGUAUCGAAGUCAAAGUGGGCAAUGAGGGUAAUAAAACAGCCAUCAGCGGGAAGCUGGCCACCAUGUCCUGCUGGUACGGCCUCCCAGACAGGGUACGCCAGGUCCUGUGGAGAAAGACUGCAGAGCAGGGCGACACGACCACGUUGGCGUCCUUUGCCAAGCGAGGCCAACCCAGCAUUGAGGAACCUUAUCGGGGACGCAUGACCCUGAACCCCUCCCUGGGAGACACCCAGCUCUCCAUCAGGCCGGUGAAGACGGAGGACGAGGGCUGCUACACCUGCGAGUUCCACACUUACCCAGAAGGCACCAGGAGCGCCACGGCCUGCCUCUUUGUAUAUGUGCUGCCCAACCCAGAGAUCACCCACGUGACCUCCAGCGGGGUCAUCGAGGCCAACUGCACGGCCGCAGCCCGUCCUGCAGCCCAGAUGGUAUGGAAUGUGGAGGGGGACAACCGGACGCUGGGGCCGUCCGUGUCCUCGUCCUACGACCAGGGGGACGGCACCACCCUGGUCACCAGCACCCUCCUCCUCCAGGAGGGCCUGCCCCACGACCAAUCCGUCAAAUGCAUGGUGCACCACCGAGGCCUGGACUCGCCCAUGUCCGUCAACCUCAAUGUUGGUCCGGCCCUCACUACUAUCAUCUCAGUAUCCUGUGUGGCAGCCUUGCUCCUGUGCUGUCUGUGUGUGUGCCUCUGCAAGUGCUUCCUGUGUCGAGACGAUUGAGAUUUGACCUGGAAUGGUGGAAGAAGGACUGUUUUGAUGAGAAGCCAGAGUUCUGGUCAUCCAGCUAGACCUAUCAGCUCCUCAGCACCAUACGCCCCAUGUCUGUUAGAAGGAACAACUCACUACAGUACUACACAUCACCAACAGCUGUUUCCCCAGACCCCACUGGGUGAACUGGACAUAAACCUUCAUCCCACCAGUGACGACAACAUCAACAACACUAAAGCCAUGUUUCUAUUAACAGUAGAUAUAAAGACACUUAUCAAAAUGUGGCUUUGAAGUUUAGUUUGUCUGGUCCCAGAUCAGUUUGUAAUGACUUGCCAACUCCUAUAGUCAUUGUUACGCCAAUGGCUCAACAGAUCUGGGAUCAGGCUAUAACCGGUCCACUCGAUGAAGAAAAAAGUAUAGGACAAAGGCCCUUAAUAGAAAGUGCUUUAAAUGAUACGUUCGCAAAAACUUUGUAAUUACUGUAAUGUUUUACAGUUACAGUGAGUUUAAGGACCAGGCUGCUUUUUUGUGUAGGAGUUCUCCUGUUAUUUGUUUGUGUGAUUUUGCUGCUGUUAUAAGGGCCGGGGGGGGGGGGGGUGUUACACAUAUCUUUAUUUUAUGACUCAAAAACACAAACACACAAGUUGACUUCAUGGGAGUUCCAGUAUUAAAAUGCAAUUUGCCAUGUAUUCGUUAGCUAUAUGACAUUUAGAAUACAAACAAUAUCAUAUAUUUCUCAUGCUCAAUAUUUAACUUACAUAUUUCCAACAGGGAAUGACAAAAUGUCUGUGUCGCGUGCAUUUUCUAUGGAAUCGUAUUACUACCAUCUGCCCAUUUGAACUGAAGGUGUAAUUACAGCAGGAAAAUGGCCUCCAACUUUUCAGCCUGUUUAAACCUCACAACAGAUGUAUGUAUACAAAUGAACUACUACUGUUUAUUAGCAAUAAACGCUUCAGCAUCUUCCUAUAGUUUAACAUCACACCAAAUCAGCCUGCCCAAAAUAGUCUAGACAACGAUGUAAGUUGACGUGAUUGUGUCAAUGAAAUAUGCUUAUGACAUUGGAUGUCAGGUUGGGUAUAUCAGGAUAGCUUUUUAGGCCACUGUCCCUUACGUCACUGUGAAUAUUCCUGUUGGAAUGUCAAACAGCACUAAUAGUGAGCUGAGCUGUGUGUUUCUAAGUGCUGCCUGAGGAUUACUGGUGAACAGAUCUACAGCGGUUUCAGAAACAUUCACCCUUUGUCUUUCUCCACAUGUUGUGUUACAGUCGGAAUUUAAAAUGGAUUCAAAUGAGAUUUUGUGUCACUGGCCUAUUACAAAGUAAUUAAAAUUGAAACGCUGAAAUGUC